AGAAGUAAGCCUCCGGAGUCCAGACAUGGUAGCAGCAGCUAUCUCACCGUCUUCCAAUUUAUCUCUUUCUCUUCCCAGCAGAACUUCUCCGCCUUCAUUUCUUCCUCGGAGAAACUCGGCGAGGACGAUAGUUUCAGCAUUGCCGGGUAGGCAUGGGGAUUCUUCAAAAAUUGGACUAUCUAAUAGAACUAUUGGGUUUCCUCAAAAGACUGACAAGAGGGAUGUGCAUGACCCCAAGCUAAGCUAUGUUGCAAUUGAAGCAAGAAAGGGGAACCCGCCUAUAAUGCCAGCAGUAAUGACUCCAGGAGGACCUUUGGACCUAUCAACUGUUCUAUUCAGGAAUCGCAUAAUCUUCAUUGGGCAGCCAAUUACUUCACCAGUUGCUCAGAGAGUUAUAUCACAGCUGAUGACUCUCACAGCCAUCAAUGAGGAUGCAGAUAUCCUGGUGUAUUUGAACUGUCCUGGUGGAAGCCUCUAUUCCGUGUUGGCAAUUUAUGAUUGCAUGUCCUGGAUCAAGCCAAAGGUUGGCACAGUUUGCUUUGGAGUAGCUGCAAGCCAUGGAGCGCUUCUUCUGGCUGGUGGGGAGAAGGGUAUGCGGUAUGCAAUGCCAAAUGCACGUAUUAUGAUACAUCAACCGCAGACUGGGUGUGGGGGUCAUGUGGAGGAUGUGAGACGCCAAGUGGAUGAAGCAGUUCGAUCUCGUCAUAAAAUUGACAAAAUGUAUGCAGCUUUUACUGGUCAACCUUACGAGAAAGUGCAACUGUACACUGAGAGGGACCGUUAUUUAUCUGUUGCUGAGGCUAUGGAGUUUGGACUCAUUGAUGGUAUCCUGGAAACAGAAUUCUGACUUGGAUUGGCUUUGCAAGUUCCUUGGAUAGUUCCAGAGUCCUAUGCUGCAAUGUUCCUCUUAGCUAUACCAGGGAUCUCUUUUAAUGAUUCACAAUCUUUAUCAAGGGUGCGUGUUUGAUAUAUGUCAUAUGCCAAGAUCACCGGUGAUUUUGGCGGAGAUGACAGGAUUUCCGUGUGAUCCUACUUUGACAGGAUCUCAAAUUGUAUCGAACACUAGCAUUGUAUUUUAAUUAAUCUGAGAAUGGUGAUCUUUGACAAUUUUUAGGGGGAAAAAAUCUCACAAUCAAAUGGGAGAAGGGAGUUUCUUGCAGCUAGUAUAGGCGUAUUGCUUGUUCACAACAAGCUCAUAUUUUCCUGAUUGAAAUCCUAAGUACCAUCAUUCUCUUCAUGUUGUUUGUUAAGGAAAAUUAUUACUGUUGUUUAUCAGAAAAACAGAAGUAGAGUACUUACCGUAUGAUGGAGGUUCUGGUGUAAAUUUUUUUUGUCUCUUUUCAGAUGGCAGUUUUCAAGGGUUGUUUUGUAUUUCACAACCAAAUUUUAAUAAAUUUUUUUAAGGUGA